AUGGACUCCUCCGCCGUCAACGCCAACAUCAGUGUCGACGACUUCGACAGUAUCCUGCUCUAUUCUCCUGACCAGUCCGUAUGGACAACGCCGGAUCCGUCAAGUUCUGACUUCAAUGCGGCUUCGAGCCAAUGGUGGAUGGGAACAUACCAUGCGACUGAGACAAUAAAUGCUUCAAUAAGUUUCAAUUUUACUGGGCCGGCAAUAUACAUCUAUGGCAAUUCGGGCCCAAAUUACGGAUCGUACGAGGUCACCAUCGACUCGAACACGACGACUUUGAGCGCGUAUUCGUCAAGUAACGCGUCACUACCACAUCUUCUAUAUGGAAGCAACGCUCUGGAGUAUGCCAAUCACACGUUGACUCUUAAGAAUGUCGGAGCCAAGGGUAGUGACGGCGGCGGAAACGGGUUUCUAUUUGACUUCCUCCAAAUGACGGUACAGCUUGCACCCGAAGGGGCGACAGUCACAAACAGGACCCUCCAAGAGACGGACUCGUCAAUUACGUAUACUGGUGUAUGGGGGAACAACACCUCCCCCGCUUUUAGCGGAGGAGGCUCAACGUACACGAAUGAGAACCUGGCCUCGUUCUCAUUGAACUUCCAGGGCUCGGCCAUUUACGUAUUUGGCGACAAGAAGAAUGAUCAUCGAGAGUACAACGUCUAUCUCGACAACGGGACUGCCCAGACAUUUAAUGGCACAUCUGGCUGUGGAGGAGCGUUUGGACAAACGUGCGAGCAGCAACAACCUUGUUUAAAAUUCUUUGCCUCCAAUCUUGGUGGAUCCGUACAUUCGCUAAAGAUCGAGAAUUUGGCUGGGGUUAAUCAGUCGUAUUUUGAUUUCGACAGUAUUGUCUUGUCUGUUCCAUCGGAGUAUGCUCCCCGAGAGUUAUCUAAUUCUUCUCCGUCAAGCAACGCAUCUGCAACGUCCUCCUCGACUUCCUCGACUUCUACUAGCCCGUCCAAUGGUGUAAACCCGCUUAUGGCAUGGAAUCCAAUGUUGCUCCUCUUCAUGGCCUUUAUUUACUUGUUGAAGCCACGUCUUCACUAA